AUGUAUUCUCUAAAAACUACCCUUAAUGAAUCAUUUGUUUCACUUACAAACAAUUUAUACAACCAACACAAAAACAGUUUAGAUGACACUUAUUCAUUAAUUCUUGAAACAUGUUCUACAAAACAAUCUUUGUCAAUAGUCAAACAAGUCCAUACCCAUGUAAUAAAAUCUUGUUAUGUAAAUGAUAAAACUUUUUUAAAUACAAAACUCGUGUAUGCUUAUGGCAAAUCUGGGUCAUUGUUAGAUGCUCAGAAAGUGUUUGACGAAAUGCCUGAACGAAGUGUUUUCACUUGGAAUGCCUUGAUUGGUGGGUAUAUGAUGAGUGGGGAAUAUUUCAAGGUGAUUGGGUUGUUUUUGGAUUUGAAUGGAGUUGGUUAUGAUGCAAGUACUUUUACGUCGGUUUUUAAGGCGUGUGGUGAGGUUGAGGGUCGCUGUUUUGGGGUUCAAGUACAUGGGAUGGGUAUUAAGUUGGGUUUUGUUUGUAAUGUGUAUGUAAGUAACUCGUUAAUUGGUAUGUAUGCGAAAUGUGGUGAUCUGAAUUCGGCUAAGAUGUUGUUUGAGGAAAUGAGUGAGAAAGCCGACGUGGUGUCAUGGAAUUCGAUUAGUUUAGCUUAUUUGUCUUUAGGGCAGUAUGCAGAGGCAUUGAGAGUGUUUAGAGAUAUGCAGAUAGCCCAGGUUGUGCCUAACACAUAUACUUUUGUUGCCACUCUUCAAGCUUGUGAAAAGUCGUCGUAUGUGAUGUUUGGGAAGGAAAUUCAUGCUUUUCUUUUGAAAUCAGACUAUUAUUUAGAUAGGUAUGUGGGUAAUGCAUUGGUUGUUAUGUACACAAAAUGUGGCAAAAUGAAAGAGGCUGCAAGAAUUGUCAAUGGUAUGGGUGAAAAGGAUAGUGUGACUUGGAACUCUUUGCUAUCAGGAUUUGUUCAAAAUGAUCUUUAUGAUGAAGCCGUGGCUCUGUUUCACAGAAUGCAGGUUAUGGGUCAUAAACCUGACCGAUAUUCAGUUAUAAGCAUGGUCUCAACUAUUGGUCGUCUGGGCAGUUUGUUAAGUGGUCUAGAAGUUCAUGCAUAUGCUGUAAAAAGUGGGAUGAUUUGUGAUUUGCAGGUUUGUAACUCACUUGUUGAUAUGUACGCUAAGUGUCAUAAAAUGGACUAUGCCGAGACCCUUUUUAAAAGGAUCCGGUUUAAAGAUGACAUUUUAUGGAAAACCAUAAUUACGGGCUAUGCUAUAAAUGGGUAUCAUUCAAAAGCAUUGAUGUUAUUUCGUCAAGCUCAAAUGAACGGAAUAGAAAGGGAUUCUACGUUGAUUGCAAGUAUUGUGCAAGUUUGUGGUGAAUUGAAGCUCAAUUCUAUUGUGAAAGAAAUCCAUGGCUGUAUAAUACGGAAAGGGUUGCACGAUAUUGUCCUCGAGAAUACAUUGAUUAAUACAUACGGGAAAUGUGGAUACUUAGAUUAUGCCUGUCGUGUUUUUGAACUUAUUGAUGUAAAGAAUGUUGUUUCUUGGACGACCAUGAUGUGUUGUCUUGUGCAAAAUGGACUUGCAAAUGAAGCUCUUGAUGUUUUUAAUUCCAUGAAGGAAAUACACAUUAAGCCCGAUUCAGUUACACUACUUGCCUUACUUUCUGCUGUUGCGGAGUUAUCUGCAUUAAGAAAAGGAAAAGAAGUUCAUGGGUAUAUAAUAAGAAAUGGGUUUGUUCUUCAUGGUCGUAUUUCAAGUUCCCUUGUAGAUAUGUAUGCCUCAUGUGGAUCUUUAAAGGAUUCACUAAAGAUGUUUGGUUGUAUUGAGGUUAAAGACUUGGUCUUGUGGACUAGCAUGGUUAAUGCAUAUGGAAUGCAUGGAAUGGGGAAAGAGGCAGUUCGUUUAUUUAAUCGAAUGGUGGCUCAGAAAUUUCAACCAGAUCAUGUAAGUUUCUUGGCAAUUCUUUAUGCUUGCAGCCAUUCAUUGUUAAUUGAUGAAGGAAAAUGGUUUUUCCAAUCAAUGGUGUACGAUUAUGGUCUUAAUCCGUGGCCUGAACACUAUACAUGUAUGGUUGAUCUUCUUGGUCGUGCAAACAAGUUAGAUGAAGCGUUUUUGUUUGUUAAAAACAUGGAAAUUAACCCUAAUGUUGAAAUUUGGCGUUCGCUUCUUGGUGCGUGCAAGGUACAUAGUAACGUAGAAUUAGGUACUGUUGCAGCCAAAAAGCUUCUUGAAUUAGAUUCAUACGAUAUAAAGAAUUUCGUUCUUGUGUCAAAUUUCUACACUUUGUGUGAACAAUGGGAUGACCUUGAUUACAUAAGAAAGAAAAUGAAACGAAAAGGUUUGAAGAAAGAUCCUGGUUGUAGUUGGAUUGAAAUUGCAAACAAGCUGCAUGUUUUUACUGCGAGUGACAAAUCUCAUCAAGAAUCUGAUGAGAUUUACAAAAAAUUAGCUCAAAUUAAUGAUGUUUUAAGGAGGGUAGGCGGCCAUAUGGAGAAAGAUAAGGCGGAAAGGCAAAAUGGGCAUAGUGAAAGAUUGGCUAUUGCUUAUGGAUUACUUAAAAUGAGUCAUGGAACACCAAUUCGUAUCACAAAGAACCUUCGUGUUUGUGAUGAUUGUCAUUCUUUCAGUAAGCUAGUUUCUAAGUAUUUUGAAGUUGAAAUUAUUGUUAGAGAUGCUAGCAGAUUCCAUCAUUUUGGCUCUGGGGUAUGCUCUUGUCAAGACUUUUGGUAAAAAGGAUUGCAACUUGGUUGUAAUAUUCCGUGGUCUUUAGUCACUUGGUUUACAGUUAUCGUCUUGUCGUCAUGACUGAAGGGUUUGAUCUUGUCACAUUAACUCAUUCGACAAGUUUCUUCGGUCCUUGAAACUUUUAGAGAAGCUAAUGUAAAGUGACAUGCCUCUUCAAGAACUUCCAACCCGAGACAUAGACUUUGAAUCAGCAUGCUAUGGAUUAAGUCUGAUUUUCGAGACUGGGGAACAAUCUUCAAAUUGUAUUAGAUGUGACAAUUUCAACCCAUUUGUAUAGAAGCAAAUCAAAUCGGGUUACAUUUUCUAGAUAAUGUAUAUUAAAAGUAACGGAUGUAGAAAACUAGUUGGAAAUAAACAUGUCAAAUUAGUCAAUGUUUAUUAAGCCGAAUCAAUGCCUACCAAGCCCAGGCUUGACUAA